ACAUCUCGGAACACGCAAGGUUUAAUUCGUAAAAAUACCCCCUCCUUCUCGCGCAAAACGAAGCAACCCCACCUCCGCCUCCGCCUCCGCCUCCGCCGCGCCCGUCGCCGGCGACCCUCCGCCCCAGCUCCUCCCGCCCGCGCCGCCGCAGACGAGGCGCAGCACGCCGUUAUAUAGAGAAGGAGGGAGAGAGGGGGGACGAGAUGGAGCUGCUCAAUGUUCUGUCGAUACCGAGGCUGAUGAAGCGGGUGUGCAAGUCGCUGCUGAAGAAGCGGCUGGGGGAUCUGAUCCUGGGCGACCUCGACCUCGACCAGUUCGACCUGCAGCUCACCAACGGCACGCUCCUCCUCUCCGACAUCGCGCUCAACGCCGACUUCAUCAACCGCAAGCUGUCAGGAUCAGCUAUUGUGAUGAAGGAAGGAUCAAUAAAAUCCCUGCUAGUUAGACUUCCUCUACAAUUUAACUUUCUCAAGUGCUGCGAGAUUGUAGUGGAGGAUUUGGAGCUUGUGCUUGCUGCAUCUGAAUCUAGCGAAGUUCCUUCCGUUGAUACUGAAUGCUCUGUUUCUGGUAGUAAUGGUGACACAGAGAAAUCAGUCCAGAAAAAAAGAAAUGAAUCUGAUGGCAAUCAGUGCUCUACCUCUGCAUCUCGAGAUGUUGAUGAAGGUGUCAAGAGGAUAGCUAAUGCUGUCACAUGUUUCCUUACCAGCUUUAACAUCAAGUUAAAAAAUGCUUACGUCGUAUUUGAUCCUCGAAAUAUUUUGGAUAACAAGGUCUCAGAAUUUAAUCGAUCACUGGUUUUCCGAAUCAAAGAGACAGAAUUUGGAACCAAUCUUUCAACAGAUGGUCUAAUCAAGCUAAAUAAUUUUGUGACAUUCCAAGAGGCGGUAAUUGAGUUUUUGAAGAUGGACGAUGUUGAGGCACAUGCACUUCUUCAGGAUGAUUUGGACAAAGGACCAGCAGACUUUUCAUCAGGUCAUAGUACAACCACGGUCUUGACAGGUCCUAUCGGUGGAUUCUCAGGGAAACUGAACUUAAGCAUCCCAUGGAGUAAUGGAUGCUUGAACUUUAAGAAACUUGAUGCAGAUAUAUCUGUUAAUUCAUUACAAUUGCAGUUACAAGCCAGUAGUAUCCAGUGGCUCAUGGAUGUUUGGGAUUCUGUCCAAAGAAAACCAGUACAUGAACAGAACUACGACAGUAAUACUGCAGACAUAUCUAGAUCCAACUUAUGUUCAUAUGUAUCAAGCUCUUUAAAAUCAGGUUCAGAUUCUGUGCUAACUAGCAGGGAACAUUUGACAGAGGACACAAUUUCUCAAGCCAGGCAAGAUAAAACACAGGAGUCUUCCCUGACUAUUCCAUAUGUGAUUCCGAACUGGAUCCCAGAGCUCGUUAUCCACGAGGAUCAAGGCGACCCUGAUUCAGAUUGUGAUGAAAGCAUUGAACAGUUCUUUGAAUGCUUUGAGGAACUGAGGAACUCCCAGACCAAUAUGGGAAACAGUGGCAUAUGGGAUUGGACAUGUUCAGUGUUCAACGCAAUUACCUUUGCGUCCACUUUAGCAUCUGGAUCAGAUCAAAUUCCUAAAGAACCGCCGAUAGAGAAAACCUUGCAGGCUUCCAUUGCUGAGAUAUCUGUUGUAAUAUUGUUCAGUGAUGAAAUGGAUGCUGGCAAUCUCAGUGUUCCUAUCAGUCUAUUCGACGAUAUGAGAAAUUCUGAGAUGUUUUCAAGCUGCCUUUCCUCUGCACAUUUUGAGCAAUCAAUGAUAUCUCCUGCUCCUGCUUCCAGCUUGAGUAUGCAUCAUGUUGAAGCCAAGUGUCAGAACAUUCAUCUUUCUCUGGAGACAUAUCCGGAAAACUUAAGUCUCAAGGCAUCGAUUGCUGCUAUAAAGCUUGAUGAAUACUAUGGCUGUAAGAACAAUGAUUCAGAUCACCCAUAUCUUGGUGCUGCUUUCUUGAACAAUAAUUUUUGUAGAGAAGUUCAAGCUGCUCUCCCUCAAUCUACAUUUGCUAAUCAAGAUUACUAUGAGGAAACAUCAGGCCGUCGUGCCAACAAUUCAAAUGACCUCACUAAGGUUGAAUUGCUAAAAACGUUUGGUGAUUGCAAAUUCCAUUACGAUUUCAGUUCCACAGGCCAAGAUGGUAACCGAGUAAGCUCAACUUCACUAUCAGUAUCUUUGGCUCCUUUCGUUUUCUGGGUACACUUUCACACGAUACAUAAGCUACUGAAUUUUAUCAGUAAAAUCGGUUCUGAUGUUUUGCAUGGGGAGGAUAACAUUCAUAGGCAUGGUGAUGGAAAAAUCAUCAAUUUGGCUGCAAAGGCAAAUGUUUCCUUGGGAGGAAGUCAAAAGGUUCAAAUUGCCCUGUCACCUGCAAGAAUAAUCUUUUGCUUUCCUUCUGAGUCAUGGGAUUUGAGCUGCCCAUCCAUGCUGGAUAAGUUCCUUGUCAUUGACCAUACAUCAUCCCUGAAAUCAGGAGAAGAUUCCUCUCCACAUCGAAAUGAAAUGCCCAAUUAUGUUAAUGCAACCACACCAUCUACAUUGGUCCAUUUGGCUACAGGGAAUUUUGACAUCUAUUUGGUUAGACCAGUCAAUGAUGCACUGGAUGCUAGAACCUGUUACCUGAGUAGGCAAACAUUUUCUUCUCUGAAGAUUUUUUCUGUUACUGGAUCCAAUCAUGACACUGGUAUUAUGAUUCUCUGGAAAAAGUAUCCUAUAAAAGACCCCGAGAUGGUGAACAAAACUUGGAGUUUGCCAGAUCUGCAUGAGCAAAAGAUUACUCAGAACAAAAAUGCCAAAUGGGUUGGUGUUUCCUCCUCUACAACUUUACAAGAUCUUGAAGAAUCAAGUUCCGAUAUACGCAGGGAGCUCCUUCAGAGCACUGAGUUUUUACUGCACAUUCAACUUUCUUGCGUUUCAGUUCAUAUCAGUAAGAAGGACUGUGGGUUACUAAAUAAUUUUCUAAAGAACAUCCUUGAUGGUCUGUCUGAUGGAGCUAUCGGCAGUUCUGAAAAUAGCAGGGACAAUUGUGUGCCAAUCCAUGAUAUUGCUAGUCAAACUUCUGUCAUUUUUGAAUGCAGCAUCUUGGAUAUCUGCACUGAAUUGGAUGAAACGGUUGAAGUUGGUCCUUUAUUGCAGACUGAACUAGAAGGUUCCUGGAACUAUCUGAAAUUGUCAAUUUCAAAAUUUUCUCUGUUCUCCUUUUCUAAUGUUGGCGGAGUUAACGAUACCGGUUUUCUUUCGGUGAAUCAUGGUGAAGGUGAGCUCUGGGGUUCUAUUACUGGCGCUGAUGAUAAAAACUAUGAAGAAAACAAAGAUGUUCUUCUUGUUGUUUGCAAGGAUUCGGCUAGUAGACGAGGUGAUGGUGAAGGUAGUAAUAUCUUGUCUUUUGGAACUGCGGGCUGUUCGGUGACUCAUAUCAGGAACCCAAAGUUACAGAAGAAUUAUACUUCCAUCAACAUUCGUUCUGCGACAGCUGUUGCACCUGGUGGCCGUAUGGAUUGGAUCAGCGUGAUUUGCCUACUGUUCAGUUCAGCUUCAGAUGGAACUGAACAAUCAUCCAAUAGUAGCACAAUGAACAAUUCCCAGGGUGGUGAACCUUUUUCGUCACUGUUCUUUCUAGAGCUGGCUGAUGUUGCUGUGAGCUACGAACCUUAUUUCAGAAGUUCUGCACUCAGCGCUGAAGCUCCAGAUUGCAAAUACUUUUCAGGCCUUUUAGCUGCAUCAUCGUUUAAACUUCACAGCAAAUCUGCAUCAAACUCUAAAGCUACUGAUUUUGAUAUUGAGCUGCGAGAUCUUGGGGUUCUCAUUUGUAGAUCUUCUAGUUUUAGAAAUGUCACUUGUGGCUAUGGUACUGAUUACCUCCGUCAGAUGGGCUAUGCAAAGAUUGUGCAGAAUACAUUCAUUGAAGCUGUUCUAAGAAUUGAUACUUCCAUUUGGAAACUAGAAUUAUCAGACUCGCAAUUUGAUAUUGGCACUUGUCAUGAUACGACGCAUGGUCUUAUUCAAUUGUGCUCUCAGCUCCAGCAGAUAUAUGCUCCGGAUAUGCGGGAUGCUCUAGACCAUCUACAGUCUAGAUGGAAUAAUGUCCAACAGGCAAACAAGCAAAAUAUUCCCUCUGACGUGUCAGAAAACUCAGAGAGUAGCAUUGACAAUCUGACAGACUCAGAGGAGUGCAAGUCAGAUGGAUUGCUUGAUGAUAUAAUUGAGAAUGCCUUUUACACUGACCAGGACAGCCCAACCUACAAUUUUUGGGACAGGAAUUGCCAUAGCUCAUCCAGUGGUAGUGAAAUGGAUGAAGAGUUUGAUCUGAGUACGGCCAUCCCAGAGGCAAAUGAAGCCAAUGCUAGUGAUGAUCAAAUAAUUGAAUCUUAUUAUAUGCCACCUUCAUCAUCAUCAGCUCUAUACAACGAAUACCAGAGCAAUUAUGCUCCUAGAUCCAUUGAGUGUGACGAUGGUGAAUGGUACAACAAUUUUCCUACAAUAGUUGAAAACCAUGUUCAAAGGAACAAACCACAAGAAGAGCAAGUGUUUCAACAAGAAGCCAAGGCUGCUAUUUCGAUCUUGAAUUCGGAUGAAUCAUGCAAUCUGAAAGGGAAGGUUCUUAUUCAUGAUAUAGAUGUCAAGUGGCGGAUGUAUGGUGGGAAUGACUGGGGAUUAGCUCAGAAAGAUAUGAGUAGCCGGCCAUGCUCAAAUGGGAGAGACAAGAGGUCCUCUUUAGAGUUUAUUAUGUCUGGGCUCAAUAUUCAGUUCAAUAUGUAUCCAGAUGGGGAUAUUUCUGUUUCAAAGUUAUCUAUCUCUGCCAAAGACAUCAAUAUUUGUGACCAAAGUACACAUGCUCCAUGGAAAAUGGUUCUUGGCUGUUACAACUCAAAGAAUUACCCAAGAGAAUCUUGUUCUAGUGCAUUCAUCUUAGAACUGGAGUCUGUAAGGCCUGAUCCACAGGCUCCUUUGGAAGACUACAGGUUGCAUCUUGAGAUUUUGCCUCUACAGUUGCAUCUUGAUCAAGGGCAACUUAACUUCUUUAUCAGUUUCUUCAAGAAUGACUCGUGUAACAAUCCUCAUUUGCCUAGUGAAAAUGAGAAUAUUGAUGCACAGAGUACAAUAUAUCGAAGCGAUACAAUUUCUGAUGAGGCGUUACUUCCUUUCUUUCAGAAAUUUGAUGUGAAGCCUCUUGUUCUGCACAUUAAUUAUAUUCCUCGGCAUUUUGAUCCUGUUGCACUAAGCAAAGGAAAUUAUGCAGAACUUCUCAACAUUCUUCCAUGGAAGGGAAUUAAUUUAAAGCUUAAGCAGGUUUCUGCCAUGGGCGUUUAUGGUUUCAAUAAUAUAUGUGAAAUAGUAGCUGCAGAAUGGUUGGAGGACAUCUCUAAAAAUCAGGUCCAUAAAUUGCUAAAAGGUCUUCCACCUAUAAAAUCAUUAGUUGCUGUGAGUUCAGGCACUAAGAAAUUGGUCUCUUUACCCAUCAAGAGCUAUAAGAAGGAUCGGAAGUUGCUCAAGGGAAUGCAAAGAGGUGCUGUCGCUUUCCUUAGAAGUGUUUCCAUUGAAGCUGUGGGGCUUGGUGUACAUUUGGUGGCAGGAGCUCAUGAUAUGCUUAUAAAGACAGAAAGUGCCCUUACAGCCAUUCCACCACCUUUGACCUCGCGUGAAGCAAACAGAACCAAAGAAAACAUAAGAGCUAACCAGCCUGAAAGCACACAAGAAGGGCUGAAGAAGGCAUAUGAAAGUUUGACUGAUGGAUUUGGAAGGACCGCUUCUGCUUUGAUUGGGAAUCCAAUUAAAGUUUAUAAUCGUGGGGCUGGUGCUGGAUCAGCUUUGGCUACUGCAAUCUGUGGAGCUCCAGGUGCUGCAGUGGCUCCUGUAUCGGCAUCUGUUCGUGCUGUACAUUAUACACUUCUUGGUAUAAGGAAUAGCCUUGAUCCUGAACGCAAGAAAGAAUCUAUGUACAAAUAUCAAGGGCCACCUCAACCAUAGACUUCCAUUGAGAAGAAAAGGUGGAAUAACUUAAUGGUCUGCUCAUUAUUUUGUGAGGUCUCAUCUUUACCUGGAAGAACUGGUUCAAGGGCACCUUCGUGCAAUCUCAUCGAACGACCAGGGCCAAACUUGUACAGGUUAAGUCAGAUUUCCACACUUGGAAUCCAACCCUUGUGAAUCAGUGUCAUCUUCGAUGUUCUUAAUGGAGCCCAUAUAUGCCACGUCAAGGCCUUCUAAAGUAUGUAUAUUAUUAUUACAUCACUGUUGUAAUCACAAUUUUUCCACCGGAGAAGUGGAAGUUUUGUUGACUCCUUGCUUAGGAUAUGGCUAGGGUCAGAGGGAGUUGGCUCAGUGGCCCUUGUACAUAAUUUAGUUGGUGCUUACUGAGUUGUGCAGAUGUAAACAUCUCUGUAUUUCUUUCUCGAUCUUCAGUUACGUUCUCUUUGCUUGCGAAACUGCUGGCUGUAAUCCUCACCAUUCAAAUGUAAAUAUCAUCAGGUUUUGUGCGGUUGCAAUGAGCUAAACACGGCUGUUUG